GUUAGCUGUCCUCCCCGCGCCGCUAGCACGAAGAGAAUCGAGGACGUUUUGCGACAAGGCACCGCUCAGGCCUUCAUCACGCGGCAAUCAUGCGGGAUAUCGUUGGGAAUCGAGGCUUGGGAGAGACUGGACUGUUGGUGGCUUCAUACCAAGGGAAACUAAUAGAGUGUACGGCAGGUCUGUCCCCAACCCUGCUCACAUCUAAACUACAUUUGACCGAUUUAAAUGCUUUUCAUUGGCGGGACGGAGGAGGCGAACCAAACGAGAGAAAGGCGUCGUAGGUCAUAAUUGGCAACGCCAGUGGAAGUGGAGCGGAUGUCGCGCAGACCAGCGAGUGAAAGGGGUACCUGUUUGUACUCCGCCCCCUUGGGAAAGAACGACCGUGCCUCGUAAUUAUC